UCCUCCCCCUAACCUCAAUUUUCUAGCGACGCGUCUGGCGACCGCCGAAAUCCCAUUUUAAACUCUUGGGGGUCUCGACUGCCUCAUGUGCCCCUCCUCGCUCAUGCUACUGCAGGUGUUCUUCCUGAUGGUCCCCGAGGGCGUCCGUCCUCAGCCGUCUUCCUCCCCGUCAGGGGCAUCGUCCACCUCUUCGGACUUGGGCCCAGGAGUACAGGGCGGGACCCUUGAAUACUCUUCGGAGGGGACUGGAACACCUAGGGCCGUGCCUGGGAUCUCUGCGGUGGGCCCUACUGUCGUGACCCCUUCAACGCCUGAAAAUAGGACCAUGGACCUCUUCCCAGCCUUACCGAUCUGUAUCUGCGACUUGACUCCUGGUACCUGCGAUAUAAAUUGCUGCUGCGACAGAGACUGCUAUCUAAUCCAUCCCAGAACAGUUUUCUCCUUCUGCCUUCCAGGCAGCGUGAGGUCUUCAAGUUGGGCGUGUGUGGACAACUCUCUUAUCUUCAGGAGUAAUUCCCCAUUUCCUUCAAGGGUUUUUGUGGAUUUAAAUGGAAUUAGGCAGUUUUGUGUCCAUGUGAACAACUCAAAAUUAAACUAUUUCCAAGAGCUCCAAAAAGUCAAUGCAUCCAACUUCCAGGCGCUGGCCACAGAGUUUGGAGGCAAAUCAUUCACUUCGACAUUCCAAACCGAGUCACCACCACCUUUUUACAGGGCUGGGGACCCCAUUCUGACUUACUUCUCCGAGUGGUCUCUAGUAAGCUUACUGAAGCAGCCUGCAGGGCUCGGAGCUGGAGGACUCUGUACCGAGAACAAUCCUGCAAGUUUCUUGGAAAGUAAAAGUAUCACCUGCACUCGUUUUUUCAAGAACCCGGCAAAGAGCUGCACCUUGGAUCCAGCCCUCAAUGCUGCCUCUUACUACAACUUCACAGUCUUGAAGGUUCCAGGAGAUAUGACUGACCUGCAGAAUAUGAAGUUGCAGGUUCCUGUAACACCUGUCUCACAGGCUGGCUCUCCUUUGUUGGCUGGAAACGCUUGUCAGAAUGUUGUUUCCCAGGUCACCUAUGAGAUAGAGACCAAUGGAACGUUUGGGAUCCAGAAAGUCUCUGUCAGUUUCGGACAAGCCAACCUGACCGUGGAGCCAGGUGCUUCCCUACAGCAACACUUCAUCAUUCGCUUCAGGGCUUCUCAGAGCACAGCUGCUUCUCUUCCUGCUCCUAGAAGUGGGAAUCCUGGCUAUAUUGUUGGGAAGCCACUCCUGGCUCUAACUGGUGACGUAAGUCAAUCAAUGACCCUUUUGCAAAGCCAGGGUGAUGGAACUUGCUCUGUUAGGAGACAUGAAGUACAGUUUGGAGUGAAUGCAAUGUCUGGAUGCAAGCUCAGGCUGGAAAAGAUGGGCUGCAGCCACUUGCAGCAAGAGAUGUACCAGACUCUUCACGGAGGGCCCAGACCAGAGCACGUUGCCGUCUUUGGCAAUGCCGACCCAGCCCAGAAGGGACAGUGGGCCAGGAUCCUCCGCAGGAACUGCAGUGUGUCGGCUAUACAUUGUGCAUCCUGCUGUGUCCUGCCAGUUUCCCUGGAGAUCCAGGUAUUGUGGGCAUAUAUAGGCCUCCAGUCCAACCCACAAGCUCAUAUAUCAGGAGCACGCUUCUUGUACCAGUGUCAGUCCGUAAAGGAUUCCAAAGUAACAGAAAUGUCUUUGACAACUAUUGUGACCUUUGUGGACAUAACCCAGAAGCCAGAGCCUCCACGGGGCCAACCCAGAAUCGACUGGAAAUUGCCAUUUGAUUUCUUCUUUCCAUUCAAAGUGGCAUUCAGCAAAGGAGUGCACUCUCACAAAGGCUCAGUCUGUCCCAUCCUUAUCCUGUGUUUCUUACUACUCAGAGUUCUCAGCCUAGAGACUAAAUAACAAAAGGAGAAAAUCACGUUUUAAUUUUCCCUAUGGGAAGUCCUACGGCAGCCUACUUAUGUUGGCUAAUGACCAGAAGGCAUUUAGGAUAAUAGAGGACCUAACUGAAGGAAUCUUUGUACAUGUGGAAAGUAAUAAAGACAAUUUAUUCAUCCUAGCUCUCUGCUUAGAACUUAGAACAUGCUUCAGUAAUGUCAAUUGCAAAUGAGUUGCUCCAAAAAACUCAAUAUAUAACCUACAGAACAUCAGAUACACCUUAAGCUCUAUACUUCUCAAGCAGGAAAGAACACAAAGAGCUGUUCCUCCAGAAGAGUGUUAUGCCUGAUGAAAGGUUUGCAAGGUCUUCAUCCAUCUGCUCACAGGCACAUUUGGGCAACUUUCCUACUGUUCCCCACAUGAACUUGGAAAGUGCUGCCCCAUGGGCUUGAAAGGGGCUGACUGUUCAGAAUAGAAAACUACUAACUAUAUAUUUUAUCUGACUCUUUCCUACUCCACUGGGUCACAAUCCUCCCAUGCCUGAGUGAGGAUGGCAAUUCUUUCCAUGAAAAGUUUUCAAAAUGAAUGUGGAAUCCCAGCCUUCUUUCCUACGAACAAAUGAUUUUACCAUUCAUUUUUCUCCUUUCCCUCCAUGGUGGUAGAGAAAUAAACCAGAUUGAGAGCUCAGUUAUACUAAUUCUAGCAGCACACAGAAGUUAACUGAUAGGUAGUUUGCCUCAUGAUUAUUUUUCUAUAUAUAUGAGGGGUUCUUUUUUUAAAAAAAAAAAAAGAAAAAUCUUUAUAGAAUAAUAGCAUUUAUUAUUAUCAGGGGAAUCCAAAAAAAAACAGAAUUAUCUUCUGGAGUGCAGGCCCUUGUAGUACAGUACAGGCUUCCCCUGCUAGGUGAAUGUUCUAGGAACUCUUCUGUAUCAGUGCACCAGCUGGUGUGGGGUGCGUUCGACUUCAGUGAAUUUUUUUUUAACUUUCAACACAGUUGCCCAUUUCACAAUGGGUGAUCUACCAGUGCACCAACCCACACCAUGCUGACUAUUGAGCAGUUUUCGACAAAAACCUGUGCCCCCCUCUAUUCUUCUGGUCUUGCCCUGAGCAAAUUUUUUGUUUGUUUGUUUCCCUGAAUGACAAAUGUCCUCAGAGGGAAAUGUUUUGCUAAUGUGGAAGAGGAGAAACAAAAAAAACUACAGAUGCACUGAAAGGCAUCAGAAUCAAUUGAGUUCAAAGACCUUUUGUGCAGUGGAAAGAAACGCCUGGAUAAGAGUGUUGUAUCAGGUGGAGAGUACUUUGAAAGAUGACUGAAGUUUAAACAUGAGAAUACAAUUUAUAACAAAUUCCAGAUUUUCUAAGUUGGUUAUGAAUUUAUACGUUUUAAUAGGAAAAUAUGUAUUUUGUCAGCAAUGCUGAGCCAACAUUUCCAGAUAUAAUUUGCAGGUGGCCCGAGGAUGGGGUUCACUGGGUGAUGGUGUCGUGUUUCACUUUCUUCACCUGUCUCUUAGCAGUGCUCCUUCAGGCUGUUAAGGUGGAUGCUUCAGCCUUCACCAUUUUGACAAAAAGCUCAUCCUCAUCAGAUGAAUCCUUGUCAUGUAGCUUCUGGGCCACAUUUUUCUUGCAUAUGGUGUUGUGAGGUCCAUACAUAUCCUAAACCUUUUCCAGAAAACACCCUCCAUCUUAUGUUUUGAUGAGCAUCUUGUGCUGGAGAACUAAGAAAAAGCUUCCUUCUUUACCUUCCUUUGAUGCUGUUCCAUCACAGAUUACAGUGAGACAGGCAGUUACAAUAAAAAUCAUUGCUGCUACAGUCAGAGGCACCGCCCCGACCAGACUGCUUAUACCCAUACCCUGGCACUCUGGUGAGCUCACGUGACUCCUGCUCUUCCUGUUCUCCCUGGGCUUCUGUCCUCUUAUUUUUCCAUUGCUCUGUAUCCCACUGUGGCUUAGAAACCUUACUUCUCGUUGCUCACUGAGAAGCUUCAUCAUAAAGACUGACAAGCUGUCGCCUUCUUUUGCCUGAGGAUGCCCUCACUGGCUCAGCCAUUAGCUCAGUGCUGUUCUUCUUCUUUCAGCCUCGUAAUAUUUCCAUGAAAGAGCUUUCUGUAUUUUCUAAGUAUAGUUGUUCAUCACAAUGGGUGUCAGACAUUCAUUAUCACAAUGCAGUCUGACUAUCUUGCCUCAUUUUUAAAUUAGCCUAGACAGCAAGCCAAGUGGCGAGGUAGAAUCAGUUUUUCCAGUUCAAGGCUCAUUGUGAAGAUUCUCUCAACUGUUGUGAUACUUGUGUUGUUCCUAUGUCUCAAUAUUUUAAUGCUGGCAACUUAAAAAGAUACAAAUCUUCAAGAGUCAUCAGAAUUACAAUUGAAAAUUAAAUACUUGAGAGAUACAGGCCUUCAGUUGAAUUCUUACGUAAUUCUCUCAAAUUAUUUUCACCGAGGAUUAGUUUCCAGCCCAACAGUAUGACUUCCAAGUAUCUUUAUUACUGUAACAAAUAGAGUUUCCUUGCAUUUAAGAUAAUGAAGGUGCCAUUGUAGGAGUUGGACUCUGGUACAGACACUUUGUGGAGCUUCUGCUUUGGGUCAAGACCAAAACAUGACAGAGUCUCACUAUCGCUGGUACAGAGCUCACAUAUGUUCAUGUUGGCAUUCUGUUCAGUUGUUGGAGGACCUGCUCGAUGACUCUGGCUGCUGAGUUCUGAUAAAUUCCAGGUCCAAAGGUUUAACUGAAUUCAGACAAGGAUGACCGCUGAACAUGAACAGGCUCUGGAUGAGGAACUUUCAUGUAGUCUGCUGUGGGGAUAUAGGGUAUUUCAGCUUCCACAAUAGAUUCUGGUGUUACGGUGACCUCCAGGUCCAAAUGUCUGAACUGAUUUCAGACAAGAUUGGCUGCUAAGCCUGAACAGGCUCUAAUCAUGAACGUUUCACCUCAGGGUUUGUUGAAGAAGGUGUACUCUGCUGCAAGGCUAUGGGGUGUUCAGCCACCACCAGUAGGUUCUGGUGUUAUGCUGAGCUCCACGUCCAAAGGAUGAACUGGGAAACCACAAAGGGUUGGCUACUAAGGCUGAACAGGCUCUAAUGUGCAAGCGUCACCUCAGAGUCUUUUGGGGAAGCUAUAUUCUGCUGCAGGGCUGUAGGAUAUUCAACGUUCACAAUAGGUAUUGGUGUUCUGAUGAACACUAGGCCCUCAGGUUGAACUGUGACUUCAGAUAUGUUGGCUGCUGAGCCAAAACAUGUUCUUGAGGUAGAAGUGUCACCGCUGCGUGCUUUGAAGGAUCUGUACUCCGUUGCAGGGCUAUAGGAAGUUUAGCCUGCACUUGGGCUCUGGUGUCAUGGUGAGCUUCAGGUCCAAAGGUAGAACUGUGACUUGAGACAGGGUUGGCUCCUGAGCCUGAAGGUUGGUGUAUGUGAAAGCAUCACCUCAGAGUGCUUUGAAGGGUCUCUAGUCUGUUGCUGGGUGGUAGUAUGUACAGCCUCCACAGUAGGUUCUGGGUGUAUGUUGAGCUUGAAGUCCAGAGUUGAACUGUGAUUUUACACAAGGUCGGCUGCCGAGCCUGAGCAGGCUGUGGAUGUGGAAGUGUCACCUAAGAGUGCUUUAAAGAAGCUGUACUCCAAUGCAGGGAUGUUCAGCCUCCAAAGCAGGCUCUGGUGUCAUGGUGAGCUCCAGAUCCAAAUGUUGAACUGUGACUUGACACAGGAUUUGCUGCUGAGCCUGAACAACUUGGGAUAUGAAAAGUGUCACCUCCUGCUAUGGAGGAACUGCACUCUGCUUUAAGGCUGUAGGAUGUUGGGCAUCCACAGUAGGUGCUGGUGUCAUGUCAUGGUGAACUGCAGGUCCAAACUGAACUAUGAAUUCACACAAUGUUAAGUUCUGAGCCUGAACAGGCUCUAAAUGUGAAAGUGUCACCUCCGGGUUUUGAAGAUGUACUGUGCUGCAGGACUGUAGGAUGUUCAGCCACCAUAGGAGACUCUGGUGUUAUGGUGAGUUCCAGGUCCAAGGAAUGAACUAUGACUUCACACAUGUUUAGCUACUGAGCAAGACAGGCUCUAAAUGUCAAAGUGUCACCUCAGGGUUCUUUGGAGCAUUGUAUUCUGCCACUGGGCUGUAAGAUGUUGAACCUCCCCUGUAGGUUCCGGUGUCAUAGUGAGCUCCAUGUCCAAGGUUGAACUAUGAAUUCAUUGUUAGCUAGUGAGCCUGAAUAGGCUCCAAAUCUGAAAGUGUCCCCCCCCCCAGGUUUUGGAGAAGCCGUACUCUGCUGCAGGACUGUAGGACAUUCAGUCUCCACAGUAGGUUCUGGGUUUAUGGUGGCUCCAAGUCUAAAAGUUGACCCGUGAUUUUAUACCAGGUUGGCUGCUGAGACUGAACAGUGUGUGGAUGUGGAAGUGUCACUUCAGGGUGACACUUUGGAGAACCUGCACGCCUGCAUGGGUCCCAGGGCUUGUGCAGCCUCCACAAUAGGUACUGGUGUUACGGUGAGCUCCAGGUCCUGAGGCUGAACUGGGACUUCAGACAAGGUUUGCUGCUUAGUCUUAACAGACUUUCAAUGUGGAAGUAUUACCUCUCAGUGUUUUGAAGUAAUUGUGGUCUGCUCAAGGGUUAUAGAAUGUCCAGCAUCCAAGUAGGUUAUGUUUAUGGUGAGCUCCAAGUACGAAUGUUUCACUGUGAUUCAGACAAGGCUGGCCGAUGAGCCAGUAGAGCCUGUGCAUGUGAAAGUGUCACCUCAGUGUUUUGAGAAGCUGUAGUCUAUUGAAAGGUUAUAGGAUUUCAGCCUUCUCAGUACGUUCUGGUGCUAUGAACUCCAGGUCCAAAGGUUGAACUGUGGCUUUAGAUGAGGUAGGCUGCUGAGCCUGACAGCCUGUCAGUGUGGGAGUAUCACUCAUGGUGUUUUAAAGAACCUGUAGUCUGCUGCAGCACUGUAUUCAGCCUCCACAGUACGUUUGGGGUUUAUAGGGAGUUUCCAGUGCAAAGGCUGAACUGUGAUUUCACACACACAAGCUGUUGAGCCUGAACAGUCUGGGUAUGUGGAAGUAUCACCUCAGGAUGCUUUGGAGGAGCUGUAGUCUGUUGCAGGCUUGUGGGAUGUUCAACCUCCACUGUGGAUUCUGCCGUUAUGGUGAGAUCCAUGUCUGAAGGAUGAACUGUGACUUCACACAAGUUAAGCUGCUGAGCUUGAACAGGUUCUGCAUGUGGGAAUGUCACUACAGAGUGCUUUGAGGGGCUGUAGUCUGCUGAAGGACUGUAGGAUGUUCAGCCACCACAACAGGUAAUGGUGUUAUGAUGAGCACCAGGUCCUAUGCUUGACCUGUGAUCAGACAGGGUUUGCUACUUAGUCUGCCCAGUGUGUGCAUGUGGAAGUGUCAACUCACAGUGUUUUGAAGAAGCUGUGGUCUCCUGCAUGGUUAUAGGAUGUUCUGCUUCCACAGAUGGUUCUGGUAUUACGGUGAACUCCAGGUCCAAAGAUUGAACUGUGAUUUCAGGCAAGGUAGGCUGCUGAACCUGACAUACACUUCUGAGGUACACUUCUGGAGGUAGAAGUGUACCUCAGGGUUUUGGUGGAGCGGUACUCUGCUACAACACUGUUAGAUGUUCCUCCUCCCCCACAGAUUAUGGUGUUAUGGGUUGCUUCCUUUCCAAAGAUUGAACUGCGAAUUCAGGCAAGGUUGCGGUGGAGCCUUCAUUCAGGUGAGUCUGAAAAGGCUCUGGAUGUGGAAAUACCACUUCAAAGUGUUUUGUUGGGUCUGUAGUCUCCUGCAGGGUUAUAGUUUCAGCUUCCAAUAUAGGCUGAGCUGAUGUCUUUUCCUGUGAUAGAGAUGUUUUUUAUCUCUUCAAUGUUCUUUGGAGGGACACCCUGCUUGGUUGGAGGUUUUCCCACUUUAGUUGAUUUUGCAGGGUGAGCUGAGACCUCUUUUCAAUUACAGAUGGCUUAAUCCCUUUAGGGUGCUCUGAUGUUUUCAAAACCCCAGGAUCCACACUUAAUAACAUUUGACUAGGCAACACUGAAUGCUGAGCUUCACCCAUACCUAGAGUUUAGACUAUCAUCUCAUGAUGCAUUGAAUGUUGAGCUACACCAUGUGUAGAGGAUUUUGGAGGUUGAACUGAAUCCUUCUGCUGGACUGGAGAAGGUUGUACUGGCAACUGAGAGAGUUGAGCACUUUGGCUGAAUUAAAGCUUCAAUGUCUUUAGAGUGGUGGGGGGUUCGAUGCUGAUCUAAAACUUCUUGAUAAACUAACGAAGAUUUCAACAACUCAGGGGACACAGCAGGCUGAGCUACGUCUUCUCCUGGACUGAAGAUGAUUCUCCUGAAUUAGGGGUUUCUGGUUGGUGAGCUGGGGCCUUCUGAUGGGUUGAAGAAGGUUCUAUUUCCCCAGAGGACUCUGUAGGCAGAACUGAGGCUUCCUGUUGGAAUGAUAAGGGUUCAGCAUUUCCAGAGAUAUAUGAAGGCUCAAAUGCGAGGUUUUGCUAAUCCAGACCAGGGCUUGGUGAGCCCACAGGGAAACGGAGGUCACCAGGACAGGGUCUAGGGCUAACUCCGGAGACUGGAGACUGAGGUGUCUGGACCAGCAGCCACAACAGCUGCCAUGUGAAAAGGAGCCAUGGGGCCCAGAGGUGCAGCCUGGACGUGACAGGCAGAGGUCCAAGGCACAGCAAGUGACCCAAGCAAGUGGGAUGCUGGCCCCACAUGCUGAGUGAGAGCCAACAAUUGGCAGAUGUGUCACAAUUGGCAGCUGUGUCAUGCAUGCACACCUUAGCAACAAAGCACCCCUCCCCCACCUUAGGUUCCAACCUUUAUUUAGGCAACAUUUAUUAGUCUUCGGUUGAGAGUAACUACAGAAGAGCAAGCCUUUUUCCCAGCAUCACCAGGGACCAAGCAGUCCUUUUCCCCUGCAGAGCGGACAACUACCUCUUGCUGGUGCUCCUCUCCCUCCUCACAGUGAGGCAGGAUUUAAGCUGCACACCUGAGUGGCCCCAGACUCCAGCAGCCCAGAGUUGGUGGGAUUGGGGGGGCGGUGCUAAUGAAGGUGAGGCUUGAGGGUUGGUGCACAGCUUCCCAAGGAAGCCACAGGGCCUCACACCCCCAGAAAUUCAGAAGUUCUAGUCCAGUUCUGGCAAUCUGAACUCCUCCUCAAAGCUGGAAUUUGAGAGACAUUCUUCUCUUUGGCCAUACUGCUUCCAAAAAAAGUAGACGACAGCUUUUCUAGUGCAAGAGUCAUCAUGAGGAUGCUCUCAACUGUUUUGACACUUGUGUUAUUCCCAUGUCUCAGUCUCAAUGUGGCUUCUUCUGUAAGUCCUUGGUUAUGAGGCUUCUCUCCAGCUAGUCUUCAGUUCAUCACUCAGGAUUAUGUUUCUAUAAUUUAAUUGUAAAUCCAGUUUGAUCCUGGGAAUGUAACAAGGAAUAAAUAAUUUGUACCCCUCUCACUUACCAUGAAAUGGAGUUAGAAUAAGGUAUACUAAUAAACUGAUAAAAAGAACUCACAUACUGACAGUUUAUAAGCAUAUUGCAAGCACCAACAGUUCCAAUUCCUGGCUAUACAAGAAACGGCCUUUACCACGACUUCGGGUGAGGCAGGGUGCCCGACUGUCCGGGAUUCUGUAGAAAUCACUAGGUGCUCUUCGGUGGUAGGUACGGCUCAGUGACUAAGAAAACUUCAGUUCUCCCAGUGUGGGAUUCGGAGCACACUUGGUGUUUUGAUUUAUGGAUUUCUCAGUUUUGAAUAUUUUUUUCUGAGAGCUCUCAUCUGUUCUGUUUAGGGGCUCUCUGAGAACUCUUGUCUGUCUGCAAUGAAACUUUGGUUUCAGUUGUUCUUUGCUUGCUUUCUUAUCCUGUAAGGACUUGGCUUGCUCUUUGCUGUUUUGUGCAUACAGUGAAUCCUCUGUCCCUACCAUUUGGACUUUGCCAUUUUGACCUUGUGAAAGUCAUUUGCAAUAGUGUCCCAGUCCUUCCUUUUAGAACAUGGGUGUCAAACUCAUUUUCACCAGGGGCCACAUCAGCCUCGUGGUUGCCUUCAAAGGGCCGAAUGUAAUUUUAGGACUGUAUAAAUCUAAUUACUCCUUAACUAGGGGCAAGGAGCUCAGCGCUGGGUACAAACAAGGUGCUGGGCCAGAUAAAAUCAGGUGGAGACCGGAUUUGGCCAGUGGGCCUUAUAUUUGCCACCUGUGUUUUAGAAGCUUUAGUUGGAGAAUACUCAUUCCUUUGAGAUCUUUGCUUUAGAUGUUUUUGUUUCUGUUUUGAAAUGGGCAGCUCAGUCUCGAUGCCAUCAGAGAAUCCAUUAGGUCCAUUAAGCUGACUGGUCAACUUAUGCUAUGUCAAUGACUAAUUAGAAUCGUUUGCCAAAGUUUUGGUAAAUAGAAUUUCUUAUGUGCAGACUUUCAUAUUGUUAUGCUACAAGGAUUCUACUCAGAAUUUAAAUUGAUAGUACAAAGAGGGGAAAAGAUCUCAUUCCCCUCUCAGACUGUAAAACUCAGAAAGUAGAAAAAAAUGAGGAGAUAAGUUUUAUACACACUCUAAAUCCUCCUCCUGGAGGUCCCGGAUUUGCUGCAGUCCUGGAAACAAUAGGGAAAUUAAUGCCAAACCCAGAGCAGGCUGCCGGAGUAGGGGCAACUAUGCCACCUCAAUGUGAAAAAAAAAUGGGAACUUUUAAAAAUAAUUCAAGUGGCUAAAGCAAGCCAAGCCUGAUAUCUCCAGGUUCCUUAAAGUUGUCAAGGACAUAUACAAAAAUAAAAAAAGAAAAUCUUGUCUUCUGUUAUGUGUAUGGAAAAAAAUAAAAACUAUAUCUCAAAUAUUUUCUCAGGAUCAUAUAGAAAAAUAUUUGAUGUUAAGGCUGGUUUUAAUUUAAUUGAUAUCUUUAAAAGUUAUUAGCAUAAAAUGUUUUGCCUGUGUUUGCAGCAAUAAGUUCAUGUUAUCUCUUACAGAAUUUGUCAAGAAAAUGACUUGAGUAAUAACUGACUUUAAAAUCUUAUAAAGUUGUAAAGAGUAAAUAGAUGUAAUUAAAAUGCAAAGUUUUUAUAAGGCUUUUCAGUAAUCAUUACAAAUAAAUGUAAACAUAAUUUUUGAAAGUCUUUGGUGACUUGGAACUUUAGAGUUUUUCUGGGUUAAAUGGUAAAAAUCAUCAAAUACCUAGAUAUUCUGAAAUAACAGAAUACUGAACUAUUCAUUGAUCUGAGCUAGCCUACUUUGGCUUUUUAUUGUAGGGAAGCUAGAAAAUGAAUUUGGAUCUGUUAAUGAAUAUGUAUUAUACUUCAUUUGAAGUAUGUCUGUUGAAAAUGUGAGUGUAUUUGCCAAUGGGAGGCUAUUUCUGAAAGUUAUGAAAUGUAUUCUUAAAAGUAUCAUUCUAACAAUGCUAAUUACUUACUUUUAGUUAUCACUAAAAAUCAAAGUUUCUAAGAAUUAAGAAUUCUAAUUUAGUUAGAAUGAAACUAUGGUUUGGUAAUAGAAAGUGUAAAGUAUGAAAACACUUUUUCAAGGAAAAAAAUCAUUUGUUCUAAAGCUGGUUAUUUCUGAAUGAGUUAAGAAGCAGCGAACUAAAAGGAACUAUAAAUUGCAGAAAGAUUGUGUAUUUCACACAAAGUCUUGUGCAAGUCGAAGAAGGUUUAUAAAGAGGAUAUCGAGAGGAAAUUAUAUAGUUUAGCUGAAUAAUGAAUUUAAUUAGGUAAAUGAACCUAAAUAUCAAAAAUAAACUAUUAAAGAAUUUGUUUGGUUCUUUUUUAGUCUGUUAAAAGGGAAAAAAUUGUUCCUGCAUCUGCCUAGAAAGCAAAGAUUCUAUAUCUUUAAAAAUAGUUAUGUGUUAUAUUGUGUUAAUCAGGUACUUGAUUACCUUAAAACCCAUAAGAACUUUAUCAUAAGAACUAAAGUUUUGCUAGCCUGAAUUUAUGUUUGAUGUUUAUUGUCACUUUGAGUAAAUAAAUAAUUUAAUAUUGUUUCAUAAUGAUAUAUAAUCUUUUGGUUAAUUAUGUUUGACAACCUUCCCAGGGCUUAAGUUCUAAGAGACUUUUUCUUGAUUUAGUAUUGGCUUUAGGUCAUUCCUGUGGGUCCCUGGAAUGCCUUGAGGAUUUGUUUUUUUCUCUUUAUGAGGAAGAAAUUUUGAACUAAUUAAACCUAUUUGAUAUGCUGAAAGUACAUAAAAAGCUUUGACAAAUAAAGAAAUAGUAACUAUGUUCUAUUUGUAUGCACAUAUUUUAAUUUUUAAAGUGGAAGUUCUAGAAACUAUAUAAAAAUCUCCAAGAGUCUGUAAUGGGGGACACACACCCCUAGAAAUUGGGAAGAGGUUUGAGCUGAUCAUGUGUGACUGGAGACUUUGCCCUCUUGCUAAACAUAGUGGCCAGAAGAGGGGCAAAGGCAAACAUGGCUGGCACUGUCCCGCAUUGGUUGGAAGGCUAACACUCCCACUGGCUUUCAGUGUGCAUGAAAUUCUGGGAGAGGACAUUUGAAAUGGGGUGUGCCAGGAAGCAAAAACUCAGUUGGUUCUUCCCCCUCCCCUGGGCAGGGGACAUUGUUAUAUCCACCGGACUCGAGAAUAAUUUUCCAAGACCUUUCAGGGUUUUGAUCUUACUUUAUUGGAACCUGCGCAGGGGCGAACUCUCGGAGUGUCCUGAGACACGGUGCCCAGAGGGCUGCAGACGAGGGCUGCAGACGAGAGCCGCGCCGAGCGCUUACAGCUAAGUCCUUAUAUAGGGACAAGCAAGCAAGCGUUGAACAGAAGCAGACAUGGCAGUUAGCUAUUUGCUGACAGAGACUGCGCGCGGGAACAGGGUGGGGUUUCAAAAUUCAAAACUAAACAGAUUACAAUCUGCCUAUCUUGCUCUAAGUAGGGCACUCACGUACUGCAGGAUGUCUGCUCAGCCUUUGUUUGCAUGCUGUUCCUUGUUCCUGUUUUGCUGUGGUCAGGCUAUGUUCUCAAUUUCCCAGAUCUCAACAACAUGUCUGUGGUCACCAGCAGGCCUGCCAACAGUGGCCAGUGGGGGCCUGUGAGCAGAAGCCUAGGGGCACAGACUCUGAAAGAUUCCUGACACUGGACAGCGACUGGAGACCAGCUAAGCCACCUGUUUAUGAUACAUUUGGGUGGGAGAGGAGGUUCCAAGUGUAACCUUGAACUGAGCUGGCAGAGUGACAGGGUGAUUUUUCGUUGAGUGUCUCAAGAAAGAACAGUCGUUAAGCAGAAGCUUGCCAUUAUUUCCAAAGACCUUGGUGAUAAUAGUCAGCACUGUGAACAGAUUUUUGUCCUUGUGUUAAAUUUUCAUUUCUCAAACCUAAGUAGUAGUUGUAAUAAGACUAUUUUUUGAUGUUAUACUCUGACUUUCUUUCCCCUUUUGUUACCCAGAUAUUUUAAGCAGAAAUUUGCUGUUAAAUAAAAUAUUCCUUUCUUUUCCACCUAUCUCAGUCUUUGGAGAUUUGCCUGGUAGGUGACAAGUGGUAGAACCCCAAACCCCAACCACUGGUUGGGUUCAGUAACAAGUCUACAAGGUUCUGAUAUACUUUUUUAAAAAAUAUUUUAUUAAUUUAUCUUUAGAGGGGAAGGGAAGGAAAGAAGGAGAGAAAUAUCAAUAUAUGGUUGCCCCUCAUGAGUCCCCUGCUGGGAACUGGCCUGCAACCCAGGCAUGUGCCCUGACUGGGAAUCAAACUGUGGUUGUUUGGUUCACAGGCCCACGCUCAAUCCACUGAGCUACACCAGCCAGGGCUGAUAUACUUUAAUUUGUAAUUCUAAUUGUUAUCUUAAAAUGUUGUUACAGGAAAGCAAAUUCCUUUGUCAACUGUAUUAUAAUCAUUUCUGUAACCAUGUCAUUUGAAAAUUUUCUGGCAUUUAAAGACAGUCAUUGUUUUACCCCAAUGCAUUUACAAGUAUGUUACAUCUUCAGAAAGAUCCAUGGAAAGGUCUCCGACUUACUCUAAAUUACGUAUUAAUGAAAAUUUUCAGGUCAUAUUUUUUAACUGGAUGAAGAUUACUAGAAUUCUGUGGAAUAACUGGAUUUAUAGAAUUAUUGGCAAAUAAUCAGCAUAAACGAAAAUUGAUUAUGAGAUAGUAAACUGAAGAUGAUUGUAGUCUUUGUAACUUUUUGUUAAAAACAUUGCUAAUUUUUAAUCCUU